AAUUUGACGUUUAGAGCGAAACUCUUUUGACGUUUCACUAUUUUAUAAACGUGAUUUUAAUUUCUCGCAAAGAAAAGAAAAUAUAGGAAGAAUAUAGAAUUAUCAAUCAUUGUUUCCAUUUUUCAUUCAUUCAAUUGUUUAUCGAAUCUCGCAAUGACUCAGAAAAAACCUAAAGUAAUUGUCUUUGAUCUAGAUUAUACUCUAUGGCCGUUUUGGGUCGACACUCACGUCACACCACCUUUUCGUAAAGGGAAAGGAAACGAAGUCGUCGAUGCUCAGGGUCACAAAAUCAAAUACUACCAGGAAGUUCCACAGAUUCUGAAACAACUUAAUGAGGAGGGUUAUGAAAUAGGAAUAGCUUCGAGAACAUCAGAGAUUAAAGGAGCUCAUCAACUUCUUCAAUUAUUUGAAUGGGAAAAGUAUAUCAAAUACAAAGAGAUAUAUCCAGGCUGUAAAGUGAAACACUUUUCCAAGAUACAAAAGAGUUCCGGGGCUGAUUAUAAGGAUAUGAUAUUCUUCGAUGAUGAGCACAGGAACAUCGAAGAUUUAACGAAAGUUGGUGUAUUAUCGAUAUUAGUCGAGAAUGGAGUGACUAAAAAAGUGAUUGAGGAGGGGUUAAAUAAAUUUACAGUUCGAUAAUAUUUCUUCGAUGAUUAAACAUUAAAUUGAUAAAAUUCAACAUGAUCUUUAUCUGUGAUUAUAAUAAUAUUUUUGGUGAGUUGUAUGUAAAUAGAUGUGAAUAUUUAUUGAUUCUGAAUAUAUCACAGUCAAUUGUUUUGUCGUUCAAUAAAAUAGCUGGAUGAAAUAGUAAAA